UAUACGGAUGGGCCCGUAUGCAGUAUUUGCAGUAAGCAAUAUGACUUCGCCUGUGCCGGAAUCACUGAAUAUGGAUUCAGAAGACUGGGCGACCGGAAAAAUUCUUGGCGUUGUCCUGCGUGUAAGACUGGGUCUUCUCUCUCACCUGCGGCAACAUCUCCUGUACCUUCUCAAUUAGAUAAGAUACAGGAGAGGUUGAAUCAGAUAGUAUUCGACCUUGUGCCGCUGAAAACCCUCGUAGAAGAUGUUAAAGCCAUCAAGUUGGAGAUGGGGGACUUAAGGGCUUCCGUGGAAAUGGCACAUAAUACUAUUGGUGACUUCACAGCGGCUUUUUCGUCCAUGGAGACCCGCGUUUCAAAUGUUGAGAAAGUUGCAAAUGAGAUCCCGACCUUACAGGCAGAAGUGAAUAGAUUGAAGCAGGAGAUGGAGGAAAGGGACCAAUGGGCAAGAGCCAAUAAUGUUGAAAUUCGUGGAAUCCCUCAGAAGAAAAAUGAGAAUUUAUAUCAGAUUGCUCAGAAAAUCGGUGAGCUGAGUGUUUUUAACAUUAAGAAGGAGGAUAUUAGUUAUAUUGCAAGAAUCCCCACUCGUGUUCCCGAUGCAGAAAAGCCUAUCAUUAUUACUUUCAAUAAUAGGUACAUAAAGGAAGACUUGGUAGCAUCAGCACGGAAAAGUAAUCAGCUUAGGCUCAACAAUUUGGGAUUUCCUACGACAGGACAGUUCUAUGUGAACGACCAUCUUACGCAAAAAUACAAAAUCCUUCUAAAUAAAGCAAGAUCCGCCGCUCGUGAGAAGGAUUUCAGAUAUAUUUGGGUAAAACACUCAAAAAUUAUGGCCCGAAAAUCGGAUACAUCUCCAAUUUUUGUUAUAAAAAACGAGAAGGACCUCUUGAAGAUAGUUUGAGUCAUUUUUAUGUGAAAUAUCGUUUGUUAAUUAUUCUAUAUUUUUGUUUCAUGUCAUAUUAUUUUGUUAAAGUUCCAACUAGUUUGAGAGCCAUUGCCGCAUUCCUAGCCUUUUGUUACCUGCGUCGCUUGGGUUUCUACGUCAAUCGGCUCGGAGCAGCCACCUGGCUGCCACGCGUAAGUAUGCCUUAUAC